AUGGAUAAAUAUGUAAAAAUAGCAGGAUCAUUAGAAAAAAAGUUAAUUGGGAAAAAUUACAAUUUAAGCGAAUCUUUUAUAAAAGAGUUUGGAAGUAGAAGUGGUUUUAUAAAUUUUAUAAAUGAAGAUAAAUCAUUGUGUGGUAUUGCUUUGGUUGAUAAAGAUAUAGAACCUCAAAUUAGAAUUAUGAAUUUUGGUAAUGAACCAUUUUCAAGAUCAUAUAUAGAAAAAUCAUUAAAAAAAGCUAUGGAAUUCAGAGAAAAUUUAUCAAAUGAAAAUAAACUCGAUAUUGGAUCAAGAGCAGCAUAUAGAUUGGUUAACGAUGGUUCAGAUGGUUUAUCUGGCUUAAAUGUUGAUGUUUAUGGAGAUUAUAUUAAUAUUACUACAUUUUCAGAUUAUUGGAGUAAUUAUAUGAAUACUAUUUCAGACUAUUUAUUAAAAGAAACUGGAAAGAAAGGAGUUUAUUGGAGAAAAAAUUUAAAAAAAGUAUUACCAUCAUCAAAACAUUACAUGGGAGCAAAAUAUGAAUUGGAUGGAAAGAAUCAAAGCACAUUGACUGUUGAGGAGAAUGGUAUGAAAUUAUAUAUCGACUUAUUGGAUCCAAACUCAACCGGUUUGUUUUUAGAUCAAAGAGAAAACAAACAAAUCAUUUCAGAUUUAUUUAAAAAUAGAGAAAGUGGAUCAAUAUUAAACACAUUUGCUCAUACAUGCGCAUUUUCAUUAGCACCAAGUGUAAGAGGAUAUAAAGUUUCAUCAUACAAUAUCGAUAUCUCUGACAAAUAUUUCAAAACUGCCGAAAGAAAUUUUGCUCUAAAUGGUAUCCCUCUAAAUUUCCAUAGAUUUGUACAAAAGGAUUUGUUUACCCAGCUCGAGGAGAUGAAGCAUAAAUCAACAAGAUUCGAUGUUAUAGUAUUGGACCCACCUACUUUUGCAAGAAGUAAAAAGUUUGGUACAUUUACAACUAAAAAUAGAUAUAGGGAUUUACUCGAUUUAUCAAUACCACUAUUAAAUCCAGGUGGCUUUAUUGUAGCUUUUGCAAAUACUAGAUCAGUAAGUGAAAAUAAAUGGUUAAAGCAGAUUGGUGUCAAAGAUUACAAUGAAAGCGAAGAAACCAACAGCAAUGAGGAAUCAAUAAAGAAAAAGGGACAGAAUAUCAAAAUAGAAAAUGAAAAACAAGAAAUAGAAAGAGAAUUUGAAGAAAUUAAAGGUUUUGUUAAAACUGCAAAGCUUUCAAACGUUUCAAAGAAUGUAUUACCAUUUAAUAAAUUACCAGGAUUUAAAGCAGUUCAAUAUUUGGAUCAAGCCAUCGAUUUUAAUAUAAGAGAGGGUGACGAAAGAGUUGCUAAACAUUUAAAGGGUGUUUUAUUAAAGAAUAAAGUCGAUUAUUCAAAAACUAAAUAUUUUACGAACGAAAAUAAAAUAAAUAAAUAA